GGAAGGGGGCGUGGCCGGAAGCGGAAGCGCCGGGAGCGGAAUGGAGGAAGAGGAGGAGGAGGCGGCGGCGGCGGGUGGGAGGGUGUUGCUGGCCCUGCCCGGGGUCGCUGUCCCCGUGUCCCUCCCCCCGCGGCCGCUGAGGGGAAACCUCCGAGUGCUGAGGGGGCCGCAGGACCUGGUGCUGCAAUGGGAACCCCUGGAGAGGCCCUGGGAGCCCCCCGGUGACGCGGACCCCCCUGACCCCGGCUUCGAACCCGACUGGGCCGUGCUGAGCCCCCCCCGGCCCCGCCCGGAUCCCGGUUGGGCCGGGGGUUUCUCGCUGGCUCUGGGGGAGCUGCGGGGGCUGCGCCGGGGCCCCCCCGGGCUGAGCCCCCCCUUUCUGCUGCUGCUGCCCCGGGACGGGGGUCCCGCCCCUCCCCCCCUGCACCUCCCCCGGGGGGGGCUCCGGAAAAUCCGACGGGUCCUGGGAUCCCGCCUGCGCCCGUGUCCUGGGGACCCCCGGCUGCUGCUCCUGGCGACCCCCGAGGACCCCCCCGAGACCCCCCCCGAGCCCGGCCUGGUCACUCGGCUGCUGCAGGGUCCCUACGCCGCCACCCUGGGGGGGCUCAGCCGCCUUUUGGGGGGGCCCCGGGGGGAGACCCCCGAGCCCGAGCCCCCCUUCGAGGUCCUCACCUGCGUGACGUUGGGGCCCCGCCCCUCCCCGGUUCGGGGCUCGCCAUUGGCUGGCGCGGAUUGGGGGCGUGGCCUGGACCCGGAAGUGCUGCGGGAGCGAAUCUUCCGCGGGGGUUUGAGCUCCGAGGUUCGGGCUCGGGGCUGGCGGCUCCUGCUGGGGCUGGAACCGGGGGGGGACCCCCAGAGACCCCCGGGGAGCCCCAAAAUCGCCCCGGGGACCCCCAAAGGCCAGAGGGAUGAUUAUUUCCGGAUGAAGCUCCAGUGGCGCUCGCUGAGCCCGGGGCAGCUGCGGAGGAACAAAAUCCUGAGGGGGGUACCAGGAACAGCUGGAGCGGGACCUGGCCCGGAGCCCCCCCUCGGUUCCCCCCUCGCUGCUCCGCGAUGUUCUCAUGACCUUCUGCAUGUUCAACUUCGACCUCGGGUACGUGAGGGGGAUGAGUGAGGUCCUGACCCCCCUGCUCAGCGUCAGCCCCGAGGAGGUCGAAGCUUUCUGGGCUUUCUGCAGCCUCAUGGAGAUGGUGGGUGAGAAUUUCGGGCCGGGGCUGAAGAGGAAACUGGGAGAACUGGGAGCACUGGUGCGAGUGGUGAACCCCGGGCUGAGCCCCCUGCUGG